AUGUGGGUCAUGUAGCUGAGUGCGACCCUCCGGCUGCGCUAAAGCCGCUGUCCAGGUUCUGAAUGGAGCCCAGCGAUCCCUAAUGUGUAGUAGACGGAGCUCCGAGCAGAUCCUCCCACCGACUGCAGCCAGUGAGGCGCUUCAGCACCCCGGUCAGCUCCCUGCGCCCAGAGGGACAAAGACGCAGCCGGCGGAGAGAGGAGGAGACGCACCAUCUGCCGUUCCUGCCCGACAUUUAUCAAUGGGAAGAGCCCCCAUCGCCCGGACUGGGUCCCUUUCUCCCCAGUGAGAGUGCAGGCGGAUCCCCCCCCCCCCCCCAACUCCCACCCCCGGCGGCGGGGAGGAGAGAGUUAAAUCGAUAAACCACGUAAGCGCUUGCUCUGCCUCUUCUGCGCUUAAGCUGCAACAACAGAUCGCAGCGGCGGGCGUCCCUUUUCCAUUUGGAUCGCAUGUUGUGAUUUUUUUUUCCUGCGAUUGUUUUUUUUUAAAGCCCAGGAUUACAAGGCAAGAGGGGGGGCUGGAAGGUGGUCUUUGUAUCCCAUCAGAACCCCAUCUCCUGGACCUUGCUGUUCCCCCCCGACCCCGCCGGAGCCAGGCAAGAUGUUGGACCCGUCUUCCAGCGAGGAGGAAUCGGACGAGGUUGUGGAGGAGCCUGAAAUCAAGGAGGGUCAGGCCCCGACCACCGGGACUCGCCUUUCCCCUAGUCGGACCAGCGACAGCUCUGGGGGGCUCCAACCCAGCAGUCGGAGCAGCAGCGUCCGGCCCUCCAGCCCCAGCCCGUCGGUGGUGAGUGAGAAGGAGAAGGAAGAGCUGGAGAGGCUGCAGAAGGAGGAAGAGGAGAGGAAGAGGAAGCUUCAGCUCUAUGUGUUUGUGAUGAGGUGCAUCGCCUACCCCUUCAAUGCCAAGCAGCCCACCGACAUGGCCAGGAGGCAGCAGAAGAUAAGUAAACAGCAACUUCAGACCGUCAAGGAUCGCUUUCAGGCCUUCUUCAAUGGAGAAACUCAAAUUGUGGCCGAUGAGGCGUUCAUGAAUGCCGUUCAGAGCUACUACGAGGUCUUUCUGAAGAGUGACCGCGUGGCCAGAAUGGUGCAAAGUGGAGGCUGCUCCGCCAAUGACUCUCGGGAAGUGUUCAAGAAGCAUAUAGAAAAGAGGGUGCGCAGCCUCCCCGAGAUCGACGGCCUCAGCAAAGAGACAGUCCUGAGCUCCUGGAUGGCUAAGUUUGAUGCUAUUUACCGCGGGGAGGAAGAUCCGCGCAAGCAGCAGGCCAGGAUGACGGCGAGUGCCGCGUCGGAGCUCAUACUCAGCAAAGAGCAGCUUUACGAAAUGUUCCAACAGAUCUUGGGAAUUAAAAAAUUUGAGCAUCAGCUUCUGUACAACGCGUGCCAGCUGGAUAACCCUGAUGAGCAAGCCGCCCAGAUAAGACGUGAAUUAGAUGGCCGCCUUCAGAUGGCAGAUCAGAUUGCAAGGGAACGCAAAUUUCCAAAAUUUGUCUCCAAAGAAAUGGAGAACAUGUACAUCGAGGAGCUGAAGUCUUCUGUGAAUCUCCUCAUGGCAAAUCUGGAGAGCAUGCCCGUGUCUAAAGGGGGCUCGGAAUUUAAACUGCAGAAGCUGAAGCGCAGCCACAACACGUCCAUCAUUGACAUGGGGGAAGAGAAUGAGAACCAACUGUCCAAGUCGGACGUUGUCCUGGCUUUUAGCUUAGAGGUUGUAAUAAUGGAAGUCCAAGGCUUAAAAUCAUUAGCCCCAAAUCGCAUUGUUUAUUGUACCAUGGAAGUAGAAGGAGGGGAAAAACUUCAAACCGACCAAGCGGAAGCUUCCAAACCCAUGUGGGGGACUCAAGGUGACUUCUCAACCACCCAUGCAUUACCUGCAGUCAAAGUGAAGCUUUUCACAGAAAGCACCGGAGUUUUGGCUUUGGAAGAUAAAGAACUUGGACGGGUUGUUCUUCACCCUACACCGAAUAGCCCCAAACAAUCAGAAUGGCACAAAAUGACAAUAUCCAAAAAUUGUCCAGAUCACGAUUUGAAAAUCAAAUUAGCAGUUCGAAUGGAUAAACCCCAGAACAUGAAGCACUGUGGGUAUCUGUGGGCGAUUGGUAAAAAUGUCUGGAAGAGAUGGAAGAAACGAUUCUUUGUUCUUGUACAGGUUAGCCAAUACACAUUUGCUAUGUGCAGUUACCGAGAGAAAAAAGCAGAACCUCAGGAGCUUCUUCAGCUAGAUGGAUACACAGUGGAUUACACCGACCCACAGCCAGGUUUGGAAGGUGGCAGGUCAUUUUUCAACGCAGUCAAGGAAGGAGACACUGUGAUCUUUGCAAGUGACGAUGAACAAGACCGGAUCUUAUGGGUUCAAGCGAUGUACAGAGCAACGGGGCAAUCUCACAAGCCUGUGCCUCCAACCCAAGUUCAAAAGCUAAAUGCAAAAGGAGGCAAUGUACCCCAGCUGGAUGCCCCAAUAUCCCAAUUUUCUGGACUGAAGGAUGCUGAUAGGGCACAAAAACAUGGCAUGGAUGAAUUUAUCUCGUCCAAUCCCUGUAACUUUGACCACGCCACCCUCUUUGAGAUGGUUCAGCGACUCACACUGGAUCACAGACUCAACGACUCGUACUCAUGUCUGGGUUGGUUCAGUCCAGGUCAGGUCUUUGUACUCGAUGAAUAUUGUGCAAGAUAUGGAGUCCGAGGCUGCCAUAGGCAUUUGUGUUACCUUGGUGAUUUACUAGAACGAGCAGAGAAUGGGUCAAUGGUCGACCCAACUUUACUUCACUAUAGUUUUGCCUUCUGCGCAUCCCACGUACAUGGCAACAGGCCUGAUGGCAUCGGAACUGUAACCGUGGAAGAAAAAGAGCGCUUUGAAGAGAUCAAAGAACGUCUCCGCUUGCUUUUGGAGAAUCAGAUCACGCAUUUUAGGUACUGCUUUCCAUUUGGCCGACCAGAAGGUGCUUUGAAAGCCACUCUGUCAUUGCUGGAAAGGGUUUUAAUGAAAGACAUAGUAACUCCCGUCCCUCAAGAAGAAGUGAAAAACGUUAUCCGUAAAUGCUUAGAGCAAGCAGCCUUAGUUAACUACACGAGAUUAUCCGAAUAUGCCAAAAUCGAAGGGAAAAAGAGAGAAAUGUAUGAACAUCCUGUCUUCUGCUUGGCCUCCCAAGUGAUGGAUUUAACCAUUCAGAAUCAAAAGGACGCAGAAAAUGUAGGCCGAUUAGUAACGCCUGCCAAAAAGCUCGAAGAUACAAUACGGCUCGCAGAACUUGUCAUUGAAGUUCUACAGCAGAAUGAGGAGCACCAUGCGGAGGGGAAAGAGGCGUUUGCUUGGUGGUCGGACUUGAUGGUGGAACACGCAGAGACCUUCCUUUCGCUUUUCGCGGUGGAUAUGGAUGCUGCUUUAGAGGUGCAACCGCCAGACAGCUGGGACAGCUUCCCUCUUUUUCAGCUAAUAAAUGACUUCCUUCGAAGUGACUAUAAUUUAUGCAAUGGGAAAUUCCACAAACACCUUCAAGAUCUCUUUGCUCCACUCGUUGUGAGAUACGUCGACCUCAUGGAGUCCUCAAUUGCACAGUCAAUUCACAGGGGCUUUGAGCGUGAAUCAUGGGAACCAGUAAAGAGUUUAACAAGUAAUCUACCCAAUGUGAAUCUACCAAAUGUGAAUCUCCCUAAAGUACCAGUUACCUUACCAGUUAACCUCCCACAAAUGCCUAGUUUUUCUGCACCGUCAUGGAUGGCAGCUAUAUAUGAUUCGGACAAUGGAUCAGCAACUUCGGAAGAUCUAUUCUGGAAGCUUGACGCUCUGCAAACGUUCAUUCGAGAUCUUCAUUGGCCCGAGGAGGAAUUCGGGAAACACCUAGAGCAACGCCUUAAACUUAUGGCUAGCGAUAUGAUCGAAUCGUGUGUCAAACGAACUAGAAUUGCAUUCGAAGUCAAACUGCAGAAAACCAGUCGAUCAACAGACUUCCGAGUACCGCAAUCAAUAUGCACCAUGUUUAAUGUUAUGGUUGAUGCCAAAGCUCAGUCAACGAAACUUUGUAGCAUGGAAAUGGGCCAAGAGCACCAGUACCACUCCCAAAUUGACGAGCUAAUUGAAGAAACAGUUAAAGAGAUGAUCACACUCUUAGUGGCAAAGUUUGUCACAAUUCUAGAAGGAGUUCUGUCCAAACUAUCCAGAUACGAUGAAGGGACAUUAUUUUCCUCCUUUCUGUCAUUUACUGUGAAAGCAGCUUCCAAGUAUGUGGAUGUACCAAAACCCGGGAUGGACCUUGCCGACGCCUACGUGACAUUUGUGCGCCACUCUCAGGAUGUCCUGCGUGAUAAGGUCAAUGAGGAGAUAUAUAUAGAAAGGUUAUUUGAUAAAAGGCUGGAUGGUAAUAGUUCUGUCAUGUACCUGAGAAUAUUGGAGCAAUGGUAUACCAGCUCAAUGAAUGUUGUUUGUACUUGGCUGACCGACCGUAUGGAUCUGCAACUUCACAUUUAUCAGCUGAAAACCCUAAUUAGGGUCGUCAAGAAAACCUACCGCGAUUUCCGAUUGCAAGGCGUCUUGGACUCCACCUUGAACAGCAAGACCUACGACACCAUUAGAAACCGCCUCACCGUGGAAGAAGCCACAGCGUCCGUGAGCGAGGGGGGAGGCCUCCAGGGAAUCACCAUGAAGGACAGCGACGAGGAGGAUGAGGAGGAUGAUUAAGUAUUUUGGUUUAGAGCCUCACUUGGAUGUAGCCUGGUACCCAUUGCAUGUCUGUUCUUCAGUUUAGCCACAUGGCAGCUCUAACCGCCCAUACCAGUUUUACCACUAUGAUUUCCAUCCUAGCUGUGUGUUAACCCGACAAGCACCCACCUCCAUGGGUUUUACUCUCUCCAGAUCUGUAUGUUCAUAAGCAAUAUAGAGCACCCUCGUUUAAACACUGUUAAUUGAAAUAUAUAGGAACUAUGCUAGGUGUGUCCCGGCCAAUCAGCGGAAAUCAUCCGAUGCUUCAUUACUGUAAAUGUAUAUCCGUCGAUGGUUUCAUUGUCGUGAAAACGAGUGACUUAGUUCUUUCAUUUCUUUGGCGUGGAUGUAAACUGCUCAAACGAAUGAAAAAAUAAUAAAGAUAUAAAAGGCGUUGUUUGUAAACAAGAGUAGGGCUACACCCAAAGAGGUCCAGUCGAUGUGAUCCAUUCAAAAGCCGAGAUCCAACCCGGAAACCUUCUCUGUAAAUCAUAGACCUUUACUCAAACCUUCUACCGCUUCCAUAGAGGUCACAUGUUAGUAUUCCGACAACCACGCCCCCCCUUGUCGCUAGGAGAUGCCGACCCAAUCGAACAAGUCGCCGACCCAUUUUAUGUUGACGUCUGAUCCUUCAAUGUUGAACAUUUUAUUUAGGUUUUAAUAAUAAAAAAAAAGUUGUACGUAAAAAAAAAAAACAACGAAAUCGACUUUAAUAACGAAUCUUAGACUAUAAACUGUGUUUAUAAAAAAUAUAUAAUACUUAUUUCCGUAGGUUGUAACCUUGAUUUACAUUAAUUUGUGUUUCACAAUUGUUUUUAUAUCUGCCAUGUACAUUGCAUUUUAACCAGUAAUUGCAUGUCACCGGGGUCCCUCAAGAAGCUUUUUUUUGGUGUAAAAUAGUGGAUCCAUGUUGCUUUUGCCUUACAAAAGCCGACAGUUGUACAAGUGUGAGGACUGUGGCUUCUCAAUAAAUAACUAUUCCGAUGUC